CAGGGCGCGGUGCGGGCGGGGUGGGCGCUGGGCCGCUGUUUGUUGUCAUCCCAAGAUGGAGUUUCUGCUGGGGAACCCGUUCAGCACCCCGGUGGGGCAGAGCCUCGAAAAGGCCACAGAUGGCUCUUUGCAGAGUGAAGACUGGACGCUUAACAUGGAGAUCUGUGACAUUAUCAACGAGACAGAAGAAGGGCCCAAGGAUGCCAUUCGAGCGCUGAAGAAGAGGCUGAAUGGAAACAAAAAUUACAGAGAGGUCAUGCUGGCGCUGACGGUGUUGGAGACCUGUGUGAAGAACUGUGGCCAUCGCUUCCACGUCUUGGUGGCAAACCGUGAUUUCAUCGAUGGCGUUCUGGUGAAAAUCAUCUCACCCAAGAACAACCCCCCCACUAUAGUACAGGAUAAAGUCCUAGCACUGAUUCAGGCUUGGGCUGAUGCCUUCCGAAGUAGCCCCGAUUUAACUGGAGUAGUGCAUAUUUAUGAAGAACUCAAGAGGAAAGGCAUCGAGUUCCCCAUGGCAGAUCUUGAUGCUCUGUCUCCAAUACACACACCACAGAGGAGUGUUCCUGAAGUUGAUCCUGCAGCAAAUAUGCACAAUUCCCAGUCUCAGCAAAGGAUGAGCACCAGCUCUUACUCUUCGUCCUCUCCAACAGCGUAUUCUGCUCCUCAGGCCCCAGCCUUGAAUGUGACUGGUCCCAUCACUGCUAAUUCUGAACAGAUUGCCCGGCUGCGCAGUGAGCUGGAUAUUGUUCGUGGGAAUACAAAAGUGAUGUCUGAAAUGCUGACAGAAAUGGUACCUGGACAAGAGGAUUCCUCAGACCUUGAGUUACUCCAGGAGCUGAACCGAACCUGCAGAGCCAUGCAGCAGAGAAUUGUGGAGCUUAUCUCACGAGUGUCCAAUGAAGAAGUCACAGAGGAGCUGCUGCACGUGAAUGAUGAUUUAAAUAACGUCUUCCUCCGAUAUGAAAGAUUUGAACGAUACAGAUCGGGACGCUCCACACAGAACGCCAGCAAUGGAGUACUGAAUGAGGUGACAGAAGAUAAUUUAAUAGAUUUGGGUCCUGGCUCUCCAGCUGUUGUGAGCCCAAUGGUCGGAAACUCAGCACCUCCAUCUUCACUUUCUUCACAGCUUGCAGGGCUUGACUUGGGCACAAACAGUGUCAGUGGCACACUCAGCUCCCUCCAGCACAGUAAUCCUAAUCCUCGUGAUGACUUUGACAUGUUUGCACAGACAAGAGGCAGCUCCUUGGCUGAGCAGCGAAAGAACGUGACGUACGAGGAUCCACAGGCUGUCAAAGGACUGGCAUCUGCCCUGGAUGUUCGGAAACAGAACACGGGAGGGAUCCCUGUUGCACAGUCCUCUGUCAUGGAUGACAUUGAGGAGUGGCUCAGUACCGACUUGAAAGGCAACGAACUGGAAGAAGGAGUGACCAGUGAAGAGUUUGACAAAUUUUUAGAAGAGCGAGCCAAAGCGGCGGAGAUGGUUCCCAAUCUGCCAUCCCCUCCCAUGGAAGCCCCCACCCCUCCGACAAAUCCUUCCAGCAGGAAAAAGCAGGAGCGCUCGGAGGACGCCCUCUUUGCACUGUGAAGGCGGAGCGGAGCCGCUCUCCCGCCCCUGUGCUCCGCCGGCCAAUGUCGCCGCACGGCCACUUUGUCCUCCCACAGUCCUUGGCUAACAACGACUCCCGUCCUCCCCAUUCCAUAGUUUGCUUCUCCUUCCCUCCCUCCCUAAAUGAUCCACCCCCACAAGCUGACUCUUUCUAUUUAAAUCCAACACUAUUCCUGCCAGACCACGAUUCUCCAGCACUCGCUUAAUCCCCUUCUUCCUGUCCCAGCUGCACAAAACCAGCUCUUGAUGCUGAAAACCCCUUCAGAAUGCACCAGUACGUCACACUGGGCUGAAACAAAAGCCCAGAGGGGAGAGAGCAGCCUUGCCCUUCGAUUUAUGUAGGGAUCAUCCUCUUCUGUAGGCAGGUCCUGCCAAGUAGACGGCUCUGUCAAUCAGCAUGUAAUUGACUGAGCUGGAAUGUUCAGGAGGAGUGUGUCUUUAUUUUUAGAUAAAAUGUUAAUGUAUUGGCUUUCGUGUUGGAUUCGACAGCAAGGAACAACUGUUCCCCUUUCAACAUGUGCUUCACAAGUUAAAAUCCUUUACUCUCCCACUCACACAUCUCCUGGUACCAUAUGGUGGUCGCUUUUCCCCACUUUCUGUGGCGUUUCAUUUCUAAAUCUCACAGGGUAUUUUUUGCCUUGUGUUUUAUCUGGGCUUGCUCUAAUUUGAAGCAGUCUGUUGGCCGUGUCCAGUUGCUCUGGCAGUUGAUAAGGAUGGAAAAUGCUGGGCUAAAUGGCUGCUGUAACGAUGGCACAGGAAGCACCUCGCUCUUCAGGAGAACGUUUUCACACAGGAAUUUUCCUGGUGUGUUUGCCUUUUUAAAUACCUUGGUUAUUUUCUCCUUAUCUUAGAUUCCUUCUUUGGUGGCUGUAGAGCUCUGCACUUGGUGUAAACAUCCAUGCAGAUGGAUGGGACUUGCUCAUGGAUUGGGUGUGAGCUGAGCUUCCUGGAUUCCCUGCCAUGCCUGGUGGGAUAGACAUGCUGGUUCUUGGGGGUAGGGAUGAGGAAAAGAGGCAAACCUCAGAGGUUUGUAUGGAACGCUGAGGGAGGUGGUUACCAUGGAGGGAUUAGCUGUGCCAGCCUGUGCUGGAGGUGAAACUCCUCAUUUCCUUCCAGUUUUAGGCCUGAGAAAGUGUUGAAAUGAUUGUGACCGUGCUAUUUGUAAUUUUUGGAAUGUCCUUUGAUCCCUCUGCCCUUCAUUAACUCCCGGCUCCUACGGGACUGCAGCCUCUGUGCAAACAAGCAUAUUCCCUUGCUUGCCAGCGGCAUGGUCAGGAUUCCUGCUCCUCUGGGGCUGCCAGAAGGGAUUCCAGCAUGUGUGCCUGCCUUGCUGGGCUGACAGGCAGAGCUGGAGCAGGCUGCUCCAGCCAUCGCCGCAUCCCCCAGCGUGUUCCUUGGGAGGCAGCCAGUGGCGCAGGAUGGCAGGAUCAAAGAGAGAGCUGAGCAGUGCAUGGCAGGAGAAUCUCCCAUCCCGACAGAGAGGCACUUUAUCAGCUAAACACCCGUGCAGGCAGCAGGCUCCAGCCCCUUCUUCCUCAGGGUGUUCCUUGGCUUAGGCAAGCUCCUUCUGACCUGACAUGUCUGAGCUUCCCAGGAUGCUGAUGUGUGUCAAGCUCUCUUGAAAGUUGUUCUAGGCCAAGUGAUAGAAGCUUUUAUCUGAGCAUAGCAUUUUAUCAGCCCAUACCGUGCUCUCUGAGGACCACCCCCUUUGGGAUGUUGUGACACACAAAGCCUGUUACCAAAUGCCUGAUUGCAGCGCUGAUGGACUUUGACAGCGGACACAUUAAUCUUUGAAGGGAAACGUUGCUUGGUGCAGGAUUUCCAGGCCGUCCCAGGUCAGGUUUCACUCUGUGCUCUCCCUGCUCUUUGCCUGCUCUGUCCUGCCUCUUCCAGGAUCCCUCCAUAUGUAGCUGGGCCCAGACAGGGCUGUCCUGCCACCCUUCUGCACUGAUGUGACACCUCAUCACUGGUCUGUGUAGCAUGGCUUACAAAUGGACAGGGAAAGCCAGUUUAAGGAUGGAGAUAACUUGGGGAUCAAGCUUUUCUCCCCACUUGCUGGCCCUCUCUCCAGUUGAAGCACUUCUCUGUGGGUCUGCAGAGGAUUUUUCCCAUUCCAUCUUCUCCAUGGCUGGAAAAGAACAGUCUGCCUUGGCUGCAUUGCACGCUCCUGCUCUCACCCACUGCUCAACACAAGGUGAGCCCAGUGCUCAGGGGUUGGCACUGCCAGCUUGCUGCAACGCAUCAGGUGUGGCCACCAGCUCCUAGAAACCUGAGGAAACUUCUGUGGCAACGCUGAUUUGAUUUCAGACGGCAUCUGGUGAUCGCCUGAGCAGUCUCGCCAGCACAGAAUGAACUGCUGGUAUUCCUGUCAAUGCAGAAAGCUCCGUGGGUGUUUUAAGUGUGUAUUUUCUCUUCUAAAUCCUUGAAACACAUUGACCCUGUAAAUGGCCACAUCAGGUGAUUCUAAGCAUGUUAAUCCAGCUUCCCUGCCAAGCCAGAGGAGAUAAUCGCAUUGCUCAGGCAUGGGGACACUGUCAGAUGGUGCAGAGUGGCACGGAUGCCACUGUCACUGAGCCCCCACAGUGUCGCCCUGCUGCAGCUGUGCUGGCCCUUCAUCCAGCCAAAAGGUGCUGAGGGAGUGUGCUUUUAGUGCUUUUUUUCUGUCACACUAAACCUGUCCUGGCACCUCCAAGGUGUUGCUUUAGAGAGAAUUUGGCCCCUUUCUGAAAGAUUCUGCAGAGCUGUCGGUGAUUGCUCUCUCCAGAUGGGAGGAAAAGAGGUAGAAUGAGAAGGCUGAGUCUGGGUAGGAAAUACAAAGUAUGUGUUGGCAGAGCUCAGGGGGCUCUUUUGGUGUGUGCAGCCCCAGGCAGCCCAUGGUUCCUGCUGACACUCUGCAUUAUCCUCUGGAAAGCCGUGGCACUGCUUGCAGGGAGCGGCAGGUGCUACCAGUACAAGUGGUGGCUUUGCUGGAAGUAGGGCAGCUCCCAGGAGAUGCCUUCCUUGGGAGGAAAUGUACUUUUGGAAAGACCCGAGAUGGAUCUGGAGCCCAGAUCCACCACACUUGGCUCUCAGGGCUGGAAGCACCAAAGGGAACAGAGUGUGGCAAAACAGGUGGUUUGGCCCAAACCUUCUUUAACAAAUACAAAAGCUACGCUAGAGCUUCCCAAAUAUCCUGUAUCAGGAUCUCUCAUCCUCCCUGUCCUCUUGUGGUCUGCUGAAAACCAGAGCGGUGGGAACUGUUAGAGAGAAAGGGAAGGGGUUUUUCACUUCAGGAGACCAACUUCUCAGUUUAUCCUUCCUCCGCUUUCACUCUUAAGUGCUUCCUCUGUGCAAGUGGGCAGAGGACUCGUGUGGCUCCCAUGCUUGCAAGAACAGGGAUGGAGCUGCAGCCUGAUCCACUUUCCAUAAGAAAUAACAUCCCAGUGCUUUCUAGGCAUAUUAGGAAUCACAGCUUGACACUCAACAACACUAAAUUAUUCUUGGGGUCCUUUGUAAGUUCUAAUUGUGCCCUAUUCUAGGUUAAAAUAUUUAUUUUGUCUAUAUAUUUUCUUUCCAGUGUGUUUUUUAACCUCUUCUGUUAACUCUUCAUGUGCUGAGAUGUAAGGAAUCAAUGGUUUCUAUUUAAAUAUAUCAUUUUGGGUUUGUUUUUUUAUUAAUUGUUCUGUGUAGAUUUCAGCUGCAUCUUUGGCAGGUGUAAUAGAUAACAAUGUGCUGUACAGACGUUUAGGGUGUAGGUAAGGCUCAUAGGAGAACUGCUCAUAAAAACGUAGCAUGGUGUCUCUUAAAGGGAACAGCAUAAAUGCUGAGACUGGUCCAUACUGGGACCCUCACGUAGCCUCCAACAUACCUUUUCCCUUCUGAUUAUCACAGCCUCCAUCUCUGGGAUGUGCUGAUCAAACUCUGUCAUCCCCAGGGCUGCUCUUGCACCUCCAAGCUGAAGGAUUUUUUUAGUGAGGAUUUCUGUUUGUUUGACUUCAUUCAGCCUUUUUUGAUGGGAUACAUUGGCUGUUUCCACUUUGAAAUGGAGGACUGGGAGCUGUCUGGCUGUGGUGGCGAGAUGUUUCCCUCCAGUGGUGGAAGAACAGAUCCGGGCCGUGGUUUCAGGCCCAGGGCAGGGGUGAUGGGCCCUCUGUGCAGGAUCUCCUGGCCAGCACAGCCUGUCCCUGCUCCUCUAUUCCCUGCUCUCCUGAUGUCACCUGCAGGGACAGCAUAUGCAGCCCAGGAGAGCAAACAAGAUGGAUUUCCAACACUCUGUUCCAUCCAGUGAGUUGUUGAGUCUCCUGCGGCUGCUGGGAGCCCUGGAGUGGGAACUGCUUGUGCUAUCUCCAUCCCCGUCCAUCCCACCCAGCUCCGUCAUUGUUUACCUCCUCAGGGCUCACCACAAACCCUGCGGAGCCUCCCCUGGAAAAAAACAGCUCAGAACAGUUAUUUUUAUGGAAAUAGUGAAGCAGUGAGUGGAUUUAGAGCUGUGUUGGAGGUAACCCUUCCACUGCUGUGGGCUCCCACCAGUCAAGGAGACGAGGUGCCCAUGCAGCACCUUCCACCCGUCCAAACCACAGCCUCUGGAGCAGCCUGUGCUGCCUGCUCCAGCCCCAGGUUCUGCACACCUCCUCCUCACCUGGAGAGAGGUGGGGCUGUGAAUCACCAAGAGCCAGCUGGCCUUGAGCAGUGCUGAGCUCUGGUGCUGGUUCUCUUUAGCCCACAGCAAACCCACUACUCCAAAAUUCCCACCCUGCUCCGUGUUUUUAUGAGUAUGAGCUCCUCAUUCCCUACAUGUUCCUAUGAGCUGUUGUUAACCCUACAAAUGUAACCUGUGUAAUAGCUUCUCUGUAUAUUACAGCAGUAGGCUUUCCAGAUAAAAGUGGAUAAUAUUUAUUUACUGAAGAUACUGGAUAUUUUUUUGUUUGGGAAUGGGGUAGGGGGAGAAAGGGGACAUAACUGUUUAAAGAGAUCAACUAUGUAAAGAGAAACAAAAUAUACAAAAACCAGAGAAACCCAACACUAAAACAUCGCUGUAUUCAAGUAGAAAGUGUUUCCGUUCCAGAUGAGACAACUGUAUUAAUCUGCCAUUGUUUAACUUGCUCCAGAAAUCAUCUCCUUGGUUCCUGCAUGUGAGAUAUUCCAAUAAAUACACUAUUAGUGUGA